AUCUCUGUCUGCUUUUUUCUGGCUUGUUUUUGCUGUUUGAUUUGCUUAUAAUUGCUGCUCAGAAAUACCCAUCUUUUUUUGUUUUGGCAAAUUUGGUAACAUAUAUAUGCUAUUAGAGAGAUCAUCCGUUCUGUUUGGCUAUAUAUGUAACUUUUGUUGUUGAUACCCAGAUGUCCAAUUUCAUCUAUGAAUUUGGGUCUGAGCUCUGUUUUGUUGGUUAACAAAGUAGCUACUGAUUCGAGAAUGCUCAAUAUUUCCUCUUCUAUUGGAUCAACCAGAUUCCAUUUUUUAUUGAUUUUUACCUUAAAUAAUAGCUACUCCAUUUGCAUAUGGAUCUAACCCAAACCAAUUCGCUACUACCCGAACCCGUUCUAACAUAUAGGACAGCCGACAGCCAGCUAACCUAGUGGGACACCCUUUCACGUAUUCAAGGAUACUCUUUGAGUUCUUAAGGAUACCCUGUCACGUAUUUAAGUUGUUGGUGAAAAAUUCUACUUUUGAGACUACUAACGACACGUUUUUUUGGGCGCCGUAACUUUUCUAAUAAUUUUUUUUUGAGUUGUAUUUGAAUAUCACUUGGAUCUGGUCACUUCGCGACAAAUCCAAUAAGCAAUAAGCAAUAAGCAAUAAAAGCGAGAAAUUUAUCAAGGCUCAUUGAGGUUUCUUCAUUUACCAAAAAAAAAAAAAAACUAUUUCAAGGUCAAUAGAUUUUUUUUUUUUGUCAACUAAGGUCAAUAGAAAAUUGGGUUUCAAACUUUCAAUUAAAUCCAAAAAUCAUUUCUCUAAGUGUAUCCAAAACAAAAAAAAAUCACUUCUCCAAGUACAGUGAGUUGAGUGCUUUAGAAUUAUUAUUAUUAUUAUUAUUUUUUGGGGUCUGAUCGAUGGUGCUGUAGUAAAGUACUCGCCUUUCUUCCAAAGACAAGAGGCGUUCUUCUUAUUCACCUCUCUGAAAAACGUCCUAUGUCCCCUUAGCCAUGACCCUGUACAUGCCCUUAUUCAGGUCAUGCACAACCCUACGAACACUGACCCAACUCCACGCCCAUCUCCUAGUCUCAGGUCUCCACAGAGACCCACAAGCCUCCACCAAGCUCAUCGAGUCCUACUCCCAACUGGGUUCCCUCCACUCCUCAACCCAGCUCUUUCAAACCUUCCCUAACCAAGACCCUUUCAUGUGGGGCGUCCUCAUCAAAUGCUUCAUGUGGAACCGCCGCUUCCACGAAGCCAUCUCACUCUACCAAGAAAUGCUGCAAUGCUCGGUGGGCAUGAGUAGGUUUAUAUUCCCUUCUGUUUUGAGAGCCUGUUCGGGCUGCGGUGAGCUCAGUGCGGGUAGGAAGGUCCAUGGGAGGAUAGUGAAAUGUGGGUUCGACUCGGAUGCUGUGGUCGAGACCGCAUUGCUGGGUUUGUAUGGGGAGCUGGGGCGUUUGGAUGAUGCAAGGAAGGUGUUUGUUGAAAUGCAUGUGAGAGACGCCGUGUCGUGGAGUUCGGUUAUCUUGUGUUGCGUCGAGAAUGGAGAGGUGAGUGAAGGGUUGGAGAUGUUCCGUGGGAUGGUGAUGGGAGGAGGUGUUGUACCGGAUUCGGUCACAAUGCUCAGUGUAGCUGAGGCUUGUGGGAAGUUGGGGUGGCGGAGAGGAGCUAGGUCAGUGCAUGGUUAUGUUGUUAGAAGGGAGUUUAGAAAGGACGAGUCUUUGGAUACUUCUCUGAUUACAAUGUACAGCAAGUGUGGCGACUUGCAGAGUCCGGAAAGGAUUUUUCGUAUUGUUGCUCAUCGCCACACUGCAUCUUGGACCGCGAUGAUUUCCUGCUACAAUCAAGCUGGUUCUUUCUCACAAGCACUAGAUGUUUUUGUUAAGAUGCAGGAGUCUGGAGUGGAGCCGAAUGCUGUGACGUUGAUGUGCAUUCUAAUGUCUUGUGUUGGGUUAGGCUUGCUCAAAGAAGGGAAGUCUGUUCAUGGACUUGUUAUUAGAAAGGCUGUAGACCCUGACCUUGAUUCUUUGGGGUCAGCAUUGUUAGAGUUAUAUGCUGAAAUUGGGGGACUAAGCUAUUGUCUGAAAAUUCUUAAUAUGAUUGGAGUCAGAAAUGUUGUUCCGUGGAAUACAAUUAUUUCAGUUUAUUGUCAGAAAGGUCUGCUGAGAGAGGCAUUGCUACUCUUUGUGCAGAUGCAGGCCCAAGGACUAAUGCCAGAUUCAUUCGGCAUGUCAAGUGCUCUCGCUGCUUGUGGAAAGAUGGGUUUAUUAGAGAUUGGGCAUCAGAUACAUGGUCAUAUAGUCAAACGAGGCUAUUUGGAUGAGUUUGUGUUGAACUCACUAAUUGAUAUGUACUCAAAAUGUGGGUUUGUAGAUUCAGCAUACAUAAUAUUUGACGAGAUGAAACAUCCUGGUAUCAUAACAUGGAAUUCUAUGAUCUCGGGAUUUUCUCGUAGUGGUAACUCUGUCAUGGCUAUCAGUCUUUUUGACCGAAUUUAUCUGAACCGUCUUGAGAUUGAUGAAGUCACCAUUUUAAGUGUUAUUCAAGCUUGCUCUGAAUUAGGUUAUUUAGAAAAGGGAAAAUGGGUUCACCACAAGCUCAUAACCUAUGGUGUGAGGAAAGACCUCUAUAUUGAUACAGCUCUAACUGACAUGUAUGCUAAGUGUGGUGACCUUCAGUCAGCUCAAGGUGUAUUUGAUACGAUGGUAGAAAGAAGCGUUGUGUCUUGGAGUGUCAUGAUCGCUGGGUAUGGAAUACAUGGCAAGAUAUGUGCUGCCGUAUCACUCUUUAGUCAAAUGUUAGAAACUGGAAUCGAACCAAAUGAGGUUACAUUCAUGAAUAUUCUUUCAGCUUGUAGUCAUGCAGGUGCUGUUGAAGAAGGGAGGUUAUAUUUUAGAUCAAUGAGGGAUUUCGGCAUUGAGCCCAAUGCAGAACAUUUUGCAUGUAUGGUUGACCUUCUCAGUCGAGCCGGUGAUCUGAAUGGAGCCUAUGAUAUCAUUAAAUCAAUACCAUUCUCUGUUGAUGCCAGCAUAUGGGGCGCCCUGCUCAAUGGAUGUCGAAUCCACCAGAGGAUGGACGUGAUUAAAAGCAUCGAAAAAGACCUUUUAUAUAUUAAGACAGAUGACACUGGCUACUACACCUUAUUUUCUAACAUAUAUGCUGAAGGAGGGAACUGGGAGGAAUUUGGGAAUGUGAGAUUAAUGAUGAAAGGUAUUGGUCUGAGGAAGGUCCCUGGAUACAGUGUAAUUGAGAUUGAUAAGCGAGUGUAUAGAUUCGGAGCUGGAGAUACUCCUCUUCCUCAAAUGAAGGAGGUUUAUGGGUUUUUGGAAAACUUUCAGUGUCUAACUCAUGGAAUAGGGAUAACAUAGAAUCUGAUAAGUUGACAUUUGACUCUAGUAUAUUACAAGUCUGAGUGUGAAGCUGCAAUGCCAUUUCAAACACAACACUUGCGUGUACCUUAAUUCUUGCAGAAAGCAUGAGGUAAAGCCCAAUUCAGCAGUUCUCUCAUGGUUUACUCAGGCCAAAGUUCAAAGUUCUCAGAAUGAGAAGUGUAGCAUAACAAUUUCAUUAGACCAGCUAAAGGAUGCUGACAU